GUUAGUCAGCAUUGUUGCUGCUACUGUAUUGGUUGCUUGAAUUUUCAUUAGGCUGCCACUUCUGCAACGAGACAAUGUGCCCAUCUCACUUUGCUAUCAGCCAUGAAUACCUUCAGAAGCUGGAGCGAGAUCUACCCCAGCGGCUCCGAUUUCAAGGCACACAUUCUGGAGAUACAGGAGUUUGCGACUCCCAGAGAGAGGUCGCUCCAAUGGGCGCAGAACCUACGGUUUCUGACUCCGUUCGAACAGGCAAAUCCUGAUCGAGAUGCCGACUGGAGUGACGAUGAAGGACUAUCGUGUCAUCAUUGCCGUGAUUAUCCAUAUUUCAACUCUCCGUAUCCGCAACAACCAACAGUAACGGCGCUCCGCUUAACGCAACCAGGCGAGCUGAAAGGCUGUGAUCAUUACAUUGCCGUGUCAUACUGCUGGAGACAACCUAAAAGUCAGAAUAUCUCCGAUAGUCCUGAUGAUCGAUCGUACACAGUCUACACUAAACCGCCGAACAACACAAGAGAUAGUCGGCCGAACAAAGCACCGAAAUCGAUUUUAGAUAGGGCAAUUGCAUACGCUUCCUUCUAUGGGAUUCGUUUUAUCUGGAUCGACCAGGAAUGUAUCGACCAGGACAACCGACUGGAUCAAGAAGUUGGAAUACAGUCUAUGGAUUUGGUUUACGAGCGCUCUGCCGCGCCUGUAGGAAUCCUACAGACCUUCCUAGAUUCGCAAUGGCAGCUCGAUACAUUAUGGCAUCUACAUGAAAACAAGGAUCUUGAUUACGACCAAGUCAAGCGAGCAAUACAGCUCCUCGAGCAUAUAUCAGAAGAUCCAUGGUUUUCAAGAGCUUGGAUACUACAAGAAUCAACAUCAGCUGGAGAUUGUAUAGAUUUGUUGGUUAGAUACGACUCGUCAUUAUCUAUUCCUGAGUUCUGGGGGGUCGUUUCGGGAGAAAUUGAACUUCAAUUUGAGGAGCUUCUAAGACUACAUCAUUCUGCAGUUGAGCAGCUGUCUCGUCACCAUUUCGGUUCCACUGCCCUUAGUGUCGCAGAGCACUUCGAUCGCGUGAGCGAUAAAUUACUUCAGCAUAGCGGUAACGUUGAUGAGGUUGAGGAUUAUAUCGGCGAAGGCGAUAAAAUGAUGACACGUCUUGUAAAAGUCAUGGAACGCAUACUUCUUCACACCCCAUCCGAUUACUGGAACACGAGAAUUCCAUCGCAUCGAACUGCUUGCAAUGCUUCCUUGGCAAGCAUGUACCUUAGCAACUGUUUUAACAGUAAACCAAUGGAUCGAUCGGCUAUACUGGCCAAUAUGUGUCAAUAUCCAAUUCGCAUUGAUACAAUUAUGGCACAAAGCAACAAAUAUCCUUUAGAAACUUGCCUCUUCGUACAAGCAAUCCUCAAUGGGGAUCUCUCUUUUCUAGUUGGAGUUAAAAAGGAAGCAUGGAAUGAUUUGUGUUCCACGCGCGACGGCUUCUCCUGGCUACCACCACAUAUCACAAGCCUCGAUCCAAAGCAAUCCGAAUCGUGGAUAGAAGGAAUCCAACCCUUUCGUUUGUUGAAUCACCUGAUUACUAAGGACGGUCUAAGCCUUUUAGGUUUCUUGUGGACGGUAGAUGAAAUGGUCGAUGUAACAGACCUGCAAGCAAAGUUCUCACCACUGUUUGAAGAACUUUCUCGGUCUCAAACAAAAGAAUGGGCAGAACUUGAGAACGAGAUGGAGCAAUGGACAGAAUUUAAAGAUGCAGGAAUUCCAGUACCACGGUUCUCCAAGAUGGAAGACUUGGUAACCACAUCACAAAAUUUGAGCCGAUGGACAGACGAGCCUUUGUUCGAGAAGCUUUGCUGCGAACUCGUCUGGUCAAUUCUUCAGAAACUCGUGGAACAAGGUCUCAAUAUGCUUGCGGAUGCAAUUUGGCAGUCUUUCAGAACAAAAGUCCGCCUCUUUACUUCCUCGGAAUGGGUAUCAAUCAAAGAAAGAUACGAUAGUCAACAAAAUGGGCCUACCACGAUUGACGAGUGGAUAGAAGAGAACGGUGAACUCGAAGCACGUACACUUCCAGAUUCUUGUACACAAGCUCUGCAGCUUCAUGAUGACGCUCAGAACAUUAUGAUAGUUCGUAAGCCUCAUCCGUUCAGUGGCCGUAAUGGGCAUCAAUACAUGCCAAUCAACCCAUGGUUUGUUGAGCGAGUUUUAAAUAAAGGCUACUUUUACUAUGGACGAUUGGCCGGCCAAGGAGGUGGACCUCUGUCUACUUUUGACGUGGACAAGCCUACGCAAGUCUUACUACCAUACAGUACAGGAAUGGACAAGUUUGAUGUUGAUUGGAAUGGCAGAUUACCCGCAAUGCAAACGAAGAGAAUUGCGUGGGUGGUGGAAGAGGUUUGUAUGGGAGACACUGACAAAGGAAAGGGGGGGCAAAAUGAACUCCGCAGCUUCGGAUCUGAGGGAAUGGUGGCAGGAAUGUGGAAGCUAGGAGACACAGAACCCGGACGCUACAAUCUUUGUUAAUUUCAUAAGUAAAUUGACUAAUCACACACUAUUUGUUGCAAAUCCAUGAAGUACCUACUUGUCUAUUAGUUUUCGUAAACUCGGCGGCUAGUCUUUGGACAGUAUCAAAUGGCACAACAAGUCUGGAACCGUACAUUCAAUUCUCGUUUGGGCUUUUUGGUAAACUUCACAGCUGUGAAACUUGGGACUUGACUGGGCUUAAAGGCGAGGACUGAAUUAAGGGCCUGUUUAAAAAAGACCUAAUAGCUAUUUAAUUAUAGGCAUUCUACCACAA